AUGCACGGAGUGCGGGGCAGCUUGCUGGCGCUCGGCAUCGGCCUUUGGUGCGUGGGGCUGCAGCUGCUGCCUUUCGCCUCCGCAGUGGUGGUGAAUAACACGAUGCCCUUCUUCAAGAUGCUGUUCGCCAAGGUGCUCCUCGGCGAGAAAGUGGGCAAAGAGAGGUGGCUGGCCAGCCUGGGCGGCUUCAUCGGCUGCCUGAUCGUGGUCUGGUGCGCGCUCAUCGAGACCCGGGCCAGCAAGCCGAGCGAGCCGGUCAAGGACGAUGUUGCAGAGGAGGCGGUGGCCUGA